AUGGCUUUUCAGACCAAUGUGUUUCGCCACGGCGAGUGGGUGACCGAGACCGUCGAUCUACAGGCCGUCCUCAAGGCAAACUCCAAUGCCUCCGCUAAGCCGCUGCGACAGCGAGCUGCUCACCCCCCAGAGUGCGGUAUCCUUACAAGAACCGUCAUCGAAAGCCCCGUGGCCAAUUGGAUACUUCCUGUUCGCUUAAGAUCUGCACAGCAUAUGGACGUUGCUUUUAUAGGUGACCACUAUGUACAAAUCAGCGAACUGGGGGAGGAUGGUCAGCUUCGAGACAUCAUCAGGAAGACCGAUUUCGGAUCCCGCAUCAGAAAUGCCAAGGUUAUCGGACCGCCGCCAGAUAGUACUAGGGACGAUACCGAAGUCAAGAGUGACGACAUUAUGGUCAAGGUCGAGGAGGGCGCUGCUUUUUCAGACGACGAUACCGAUGUGGCUAUGAGCGAUGCUGGUGUGCCGCUACCUCCCGCCGCCUCUCCUAGUCGGUUGACACGAUUGCCUCCCCAGCAGCUCAUGAUCGUUCUGGAGUCCGGAGACUGUGUCUUUCUCUUCGUGCGACAAGGAGUCACUGGGGAGUAUGAAUUCUUCGACACUCGAGUCGACAUACCUAACAGCCAGAUCGCCCAACCCGGCUUCCACGCAGCUGUCGACCCAAGCUCCCGCUACAUGGCUUUAGCUUGUCCGGAGAAUCUGUUCGUUGUGUAUGAGCUCGAGUCAAAGUUGGAGCUGAACAGACGGUAUGCGCGUGGCGAACCUCUACGACCGAUCAAGUCAUUUCGGGCUCGAAUGGUGAAUGGUGUCAUUCACAAAAUGGAGUUUCUGUAUCCGCACCCGGACGACGACUAUCACAUCAUCCUGCUUCUCAUCAUUGUCAUGCAUGGGAAAUCAAGGAUGGUGACGUAUGAAUGGGGAGGGCGGGGCGAUGACCUGGUUUCCGUUCUUUCUGAGGCGAAACGGGGACAACCAUUACCUCCUCAACACCAGAUCCCUCUCCUAAUCAUCCCACUAACCGUCCAUUCGGCCUUUUUUGCCAUUUCGGCUCGUCGCAUCGCUGUCUGCAAGGAUGCUCUCACCUUACCAGCCGAAUUCGACGACUUCGUCAUGGACGUUCAAGAAACAUCCCGCUUUCACCACGGUUCAGGUGAACCGCUAUGGGCUGCCUGGACACGGCCCUACCGUCUUCCCACGUAUAGGACGACACGGGAUAACAUCUACCUUGCCCGCGAAGACGGUGUCGUCAUGUUUCUAGAGAUUGAUUCGGACAAUAUACUGGGUGCCUCUGUCCAGAUCGGCAAGUUUGAUUGCAAUAUUGGUACAUCAUUUUGCAGCCUGUUGGAUGACUUCAACGACAUUUUGAUCAUGGGCGGCGACUCUGGACCGGGCUCGAUUUGCCAGAUCCGUCCACGAAAACCUAACAUCCCGCUCGGCACCAUUCCGAACUGGUCUCCAGUAGUAGAUUUCGUCACGAAUGAUAAGUUCUCAGCAGCCGUUCGUCUCGUGGGAGAAGCAGGAAACAAGAUCAUCCCGUGGCAAGAUCGCCCCCUCGGCAGCUUUUCCAACCCAGACCGGAUAUUCGCUACCUCUGGCCAUGGUGUUACGGGUGCCGUCACCGAGUUCCGCUUUGGCUACCGCGCGAACAUUGGCCUGGACAUAGACUAUGAGACGCCCGUGAAACAGUCUUGGAUAUUUCCGACCCAACCUGAGAGUGCCGACCCCGAAUUUCAUCUGCUCAUGUCUUUGGUUGAUAGAACUGUGGUCUUGUACCUAUCCAGCGAUCUUGAAAAGUAUAGGGAACCGGAUGCAGACUUAACACAGUACGACUUAUCAACCAGGACAGUGGCUGCUGCUCAGAUGUAUGAAGAUGCCGUCGUGCAAGUGUCAGAAAAGUACCUGGUGUUUAUUAGCCCAAUGACAAGUGUACGCCGGCUACAUGCCGACAUAUUUCAAGACUCCCAGGUCACCGUUGUGGACGCUUUCAUACAAGGGAAUCUUGUCGCCGUCUCCACAAACGUCGGAGUUGUUUUCCGCUUGUACAUUGUGCAGCUCGAUGCUAGCGGAACAAUCAAGACUGCGAAAUCAUAUGGACAAAUGGGCGAGGUGACAUGCCUGUGUCUGGCAACGGUAGAAGGCUCGCCCUACCUUGUGGCCGGCCUUCUGAAAGACAGCCAUCCGUCUCUAGUCCUUUACAAUGUUGGCGCCGAGGGCGAAAGCGCCCUCUGUGUCGUCGAUGUAAACUCUACUGAAAUUAGCAAGCUACGGUGUGGGGGACAGGAGGAUGCUGCUCGUUAUCCUUCGCUGGAGCCACUGACAAGUGUCUUGCUCAAAAAAUCCGAAGAUGGCUCGAUGGCGAUUGUGUUUGGUACAAGGGGAGGAGACAUGGUCGCCUUGACCAUUGGGUUGGCUGGCAGUGUCUUGGCGGCUAACUCGGAAAAACUGGGCCGUACGGCAACCCAUGUUGUCUCGGUCGAAGACCCAAACCUGAAGACGGCUACACUUGCUGUUUGUGAUGGUCGGCUUUCCCUUAUGUCUGAUUUCGAUGCGCGCCGGGCUUCUUUUCGGUCAAUGCACACGGUCUGGCUUGAGGACGCAUCCGACACCAGCAAGGAAUCGCCCUUUGUCAGCGCCGCCUCUGUUCUUCAGAAAAGCCUGCCAGGACACCAAAGCAAGACCCAGCUGACGUUGACGGCCAAAACUAGAGUUUUGUUGGUGGAAUUGCACACGCAACCUAGGCCGGUGCACCGCAGUCUACCAGUGAUGGGAACACCCUUGAAGGUCAUCUACUCUUGCAUGCUGGACUGCCUCAUCGUGGCACUGAAAACAUUGGACGACAAGCCGACGCUUCAAUUUCUGGACCCGGACACGGGGGAAGACCUGUCCUUCCCGACGGACAAGUACAAUGAGCCGGUCGAGUUCGUGUCAGGGCUGGGAAAGACUGGAGAUCACAUUUUGGGGUUGGACGAAUGGCAGUACGAGCGGAAUGGUGACAAGUGGCUGUUUCUUUUGGUUUCCACUAAGGGCGGUCGCCUUCUCGUGCUGUCGACAGUGCCAGUUGCCAAGAACCAGGAAGGACGCCGCCAGAAGAUUAGAUAUUGGACGCGGUAUAAAAGAUCCACCGCUACAGAACCGAUCUAUUCUGUCGUGGGUUGGAACAACAACGUCUUCUACUGCAUGGGCUCUACGCUCUACUGGGAUCAACUCGACGUGGAGGACCGGAGAUUGAGGACACAAGGGACCUUUGAGCUCGCUUCGUCCGCAACCAGCUUAAGAAUCCUGAACGGAAGGAUCGUUGCGUUGACAGAGCGCGACUCGGUGGAGAUAAUCAGCAUGACAGGGGAGAAUCCAGGCGAAAUGACGCUUCACCACGCCGACUCGGAGUCACGGACGGCGGUGCAUAUGAUUGAGAUCGGAGACAAAACGGCCGAUGGAUCUGGGGCGUCGGCGGUACUUUUAUCGAACCGAAGCUGUGGAGUGGCCGGACUGUUCAUUCCUUGGCAGCAGCCGGGGAGAGACUGUGAGGUGAUUCUGGAAGCAGAACUGCCGGCAUCGAUUCGAAAACUUGCACGCGGGCGAACACGGCCGGUCUGGCAACAGGCACGGCGCGACGUCCGGUAUGGACUGCUACCCAGCACGCUGGACGGGGCAGAGAUCUUGGGAAUGUGUAUCGACGGCUCGCUGCAGCACUUUACUCUUCUCAGCAUUCCGAUUUGGCGAAUACUUCGGCUGAUCCAGAACCUGGCAUUCACCACCCCUACGCUCUACCCCUUUUUGUACGAGGUGCCGGGGCCCGAUUUUGACGAAGAACCAGAGGUGGACCAGUCGUAUGGCAUGCAGAUCGACGGAGACAUGUUGCAGAGGUGUCUGGACAAGCGAGCGCUCGAGGAGCUGUUUUCAAGCGCAUCGCGCACAAAUCGGCUGUUUGAGUUGCUCGAACAGCUCGAUAAUGGGCGAUGGACAGCCGCGAUUGGGAAGAGCUCUGAAGGCCGGGAAGAAGACCGGGAAACAGAGCCAGGUAUGGAGGACGGAGAAGAAGGCGACUGCGCCGACGAAGGGGAUGCCAAGAGGAAGAAGAAAGAGGAGAAAAAAAGCAGCUAUCUGGCUCUUCUCUAUGACAUUUUGGAGUACUACCUGGCCCCGGUGCUUUGA